AUGUGCCAGCACCCUGCCACGCCCCGCGUGCGCAAGGCGGAGCUCCUUACCGAGCUGGCGCUAUGGGGCGAGGACGGGACCCACAUGACGUGCGACAUGCUGAGGGCCAGGCUGCGCCAGAUCUACAAGGCAAUGCCAGUCGGUGGUGCACUAGCGCGCCACAAGAAGAAUGCCGAGCUUGUCGAGGAUGCGAUUACCAUGGGCUGUGUCCUGACGGGCAAGGAGACGCGCGGCGACCUCCAGAUCCUGAUCACCGAGAAACACGAGCAGUGCCUGGGAAUGGUCAAGGGCUCCGACAGGAUGCCGUUCGGCCGUCACCGGACGUUGACCAUCCAGGAGCUUCUGGACAAGGAACGGGAGCAUGCCGGGUGGCUGGUGAGCUGGAGCAAUCCACGCCUCAAGCGUCUCACCGACUGGCUGGUAAUGAAGGGGGUCAAGUCCGAGAAGCUCGAGAAGACGACGGGCCCGUGGCUGCCGGUCAUGGACCAGACUCGCCAGCGCACGGCGGCAAAGCGCUCCAUGACCGAGGAGGCCGCCGCGAUGGAGACCGGGACGUCCAAGGAGGAGCAGAUCAUCGACCUGCUUGGGGACAUGAAGAUGGCCAUGAAUGCGCUCGCGACCAGGGCGCAGAAGGCCUGCAAGAGGCCAGAGCUGAGCGAGAGCGAGUCCGUCCGGUCCAAGCGCCUCAUCAGGAACUGCCUGAUCCUCGUCAUGGACCAGGUGGCGGAUCGAGGUCGUGCACACUGGGAGUGGCCGAAGGACUUGCAGCCGUACCGGUGGCCAGAGGUGAAGCAGGUCUUCAGGGGGUGCGACAUGCGGCCGGUGGUCUGCGAUGGUUGCAUGCUGGGCGUCAAAGCUCGUGACACGGGGUUGCCGAUGGUCAAACCCUGGGAGAUCUGGACCACUUCCGACCGCAUGUGUCAGCGCAUGGCCAUCAGGUGCGACGGGCGUCAUGAGCGCAGUCUUUGUGUCGGCGGUGUCAGGACGGCGGCCGCAGCGUACUGCCCCGACGCGUUCGUCAAGAGGGCGGCCCGGGCUAUGCUGGAAGCGCCGAGGGUUGAGGAGAUCUGCAACCUCGUGCGCGAAUUCGAGGCCGAGGACGAAGAGAUCGACGCGGUCUACGCAGUGAGUGCCUCGAAGACAGGGAUCCACCCGGACGAGCUUCGGAAGGUGGAGAUCGCGGCCUGUCGGAUCCACGCGGCGUGCGGACACUGUCCGUUUGCCCAAGUCGCCAGCCACGAGAAGUUCAAGUUAGUGCUGUACCUUGACCAGGGCUCGAAACUCGGAGUUGGACAUGUCCUGUUCAAGAUGGUCAAGAGUAAGAACGCGACCGCCGAGGAGUUGAACGACUCGAUCUGGAGCAGGUGGAUCUCCUAUUUUGGCCGGCCGCGGAUAUUUCAAGUCGAUCCCGAGGGCGCCUGGAUGAGCAAGACCAUCCGUGAAAACAUGGAGUCCAGCGGCAUUCAGAUGGAUCCCAUCCUUGGGCAGGCGCACUGGCAGAUCGGCGGCGUCGAGCGGCUCAUCAGCCUCAUCAAGGAUCUGAUGACCGUCUUGGCUCGCGAGUGCCCGGGAAGGUCAUGCGAGGAGUACCUGGCGCGCGCGAUGGCAGCCUAUAGCGAGCUCGACAGGCAUCGGGGCUUCUCACCGCUGCAGGUGGCCCUUGGCCGAGCACCAGACCUCGACGGGACAUUCAUGGACGCGCCAGGUGAUCCAGUCAACCUUCCGGCGCUGGAGUCGGAGGCGGUCGACGCCGCGUUCGGGGGGAAUUUCAAAUUCAUGCGGCAGGCGCAGGAGGCGAUGCUCAGAUGGGUCUAUGCCGAACGUGCUCGCCGGGCCAGUCAUGCCAGAUCGCGGAAGCUAAAUGUAUACACCCCGGGCACGUUGGUGUACUAUUUCAGGAACCCGAAGAGCAGCUCCAUGACGGGCAGGUUCUACGGUCCAGCCCGAGUUCUGGCUACGGAGACGCUACGCGAUGCCUGUGAUCGAGAGGUGGCCGAGCACGAGAUCAAACGUGGUACCGAGAUGCCGUGGACGUUCAACAACAUGAGCCAGGGUCUUAGAGCCGGUCAGUAUGAGGACCUCGCUGAUGAUCCGCGACUGAUACCGAGCGACACGGAGUUUGUGGACGCAGCGGGUGCCGACGGAGCCUCGCACAUCGUCCAAACAGCCACGAGUUGGACCGUCGGCAGCGAGCGCAUCAGUUCCAGCCUCUCAGGGCCGGGAGCCGGAGACGGCUACGUUUCCGGCGACACCUGCAAGGAGCGGUUGGACAGACAGAAGCGACGUGACCUGACCGAGGAGCAGGGCCUGACGGCAGAGGUCCAGCCGUUCGAGUGCUUCUGGAGCAGGGAGGACAACGCCAUCGAGGUGGAGAUCAGUCUUCCCGAAGUCGCGCGAGGCGGCGCGGCCGCACGUGACCUACCAGCGUUUGUGGCCACUCAACUGCGACGUUUGCGUGCGGAGGUUCGAGAGCGGACAUUGUCGGCCGCAGACUUGGAGAAGUUCAAGAAGGCCAAGGUGAAGGAGGCGCAGGAGUGGAUCAAGGAGAUGAAGGCGGCGAACCUGAAGAUGCGGGUGGCCAAGGGCGACGUGAAGUCUGCGUUCCUUCAGGGUGAAGAGCUUGACCGUGACCUGUUCGUCGAGCCCACUGGCGAGAUCGCGGGGAUGCUGGGACUGCGCUCUUGUCAGGCGGCCAUCCUGAAGAAGUCGGCGUACGGGCUGGUGCAGGCACCUCGAGCAUGGCACCAGGCAGCGAAUCGCAAGCUGAAGGAGCUGAGUUGGCGGCAACUCGAGUCCGAUCCAUGUGUGUGGGUCCUGACGAGUUCCUCAGCAGCGGGAGGCCCAGACUACGUCGUAGCCAUUGCUCUAUGUCGCGUGGAUGAUUUCUUGUUCGCUGGCCGCGAAGCGGACAAGGUCUGGCAGCAGGCAAGGCGCCAGGUGAUGGAGGCGUUCAGGUGGACCGAGUGGAAAUACGACACGUUCACCCAGUGCGGCGUCGACAUCAUUCAGAGACCUGAUCUCGGUUUCACGCUGAGCCAGGCAACCUACACGGAGCAGAUCGAGGAGAUCGAGGUCUCAGCUGAACGAAGGAAGCAACCCUCAGCGCCCGUGACGAACGCCGAGAAGAGCCAGUUCCGUGCUGCCACGGGGAGCCUGCAGUGGAAGGGCACCCAGACUGGGCCGGACAUCCUGGCGGAGUUAAGCAUGCUGCAGAGCAAGACGGAGUCAUGCACCGUAGAUGACCUUCUGAAGGUCAAUAAGCUGAUCAAGCGGACCAAGGAGACUAAGGAGAGGGUGCUGAAGAUCUUCCCGUUCGUGGACAGCGAGCUGGCGAUUGUCGGCUGGGGCGACGCCGCGUUUGGCAACCGUGUUGACGGCAAGUCGACUGAGGGCCGCGUCGUCGGGAUCGUGCCGCUGUGCUUCCUUGCCGGCGAGGAGACAGGAGUUUCCCUGAUCAGUUGGAGAUCUGGUAAAGUCGAGCGCGCGUGUCGGUCACCGCCAGCAGCAGAGGUUCCCGCUACAGUCAACACCGAGGACGAGGUCACAUAUGUGAGAUUCCUUCUGGGAGAACUCUCGGGAUGGAAACCAGACCUCAGAGAUCCAUGGGGCCAGGUUCGGAAAAUCCCAGGCUGCCUGAUCACCGACUCUAAGAACUUGUAUGAUCGUUUGCGCUGUCCAGAGAAGCUCAUGGGUGGCAAGGAGUUCCGGACGGGUCUUGAGCUGCUCGCCCUGAGGGGCGGGAUAUCAGCGCGUGGAUGCCCUGUGCGCUGGGUACACAGUGACGCCAUGCUCGCCAACAGUCUCACCAAGGGCCAUGAACGAUGGCAGCUAGACUUUUUUCAGUAG